AAUCUAUCUCUUUUACUUAAAAAAAUGGUUCAACCAAGAAGUCCUUGCCAAAUUCUCUUGAUCAUUGUUCUUUGUAGUGCACUAUGUUGGAGACCAUUGAUGUGCUCAAUGUUGGAAACCGUUGAUGGGCCAAUGGCUAUGGAUAAUAGAGAGAGCACUGAUCCAAAGAAUUACUAUUGUUGUAAAAGUUUUAACAGGCCGUCAUGUAAUCCACAAGUUUGUAACAAUGAUUGUACAAAAAAAGGCUUCAUGGUGAUGCUUAACAUGUAUAAUGAAGAGAAAGAAGUAACAAUUUAUGUGACAACCGAAAAAUUAAGGUAUAACCCUAAACCAUUUAGUUGUCAAAAUCAAGUUAAUGAUGAACUUGAUGAUGAAAAUGAGACAGACUCAGUUUGUCCAAGUCAAGAAAGCUAUCAUAGUCUUCAUAGUUCCGAUAAUGAAUAUAAGCUUCUAAAUUAUGGCGAAACUUAUGCAUAUACAUGUUGUGGAGAUAAAAAGUGUAAGUGGAGAAUUCAUGGUUCUCUUACACAAGAUGGGUUUACUUUUGAAGUAAAGAAAUUUAUAGAAACUCAUUCUUGUACUCGAAGCAACAAGAGUGGUAACAAAAAUGCCACUCAAUGAUGGAUUGUUGAUGUUGUUACCGACAAGUUGAAAUCUGAAGGCGACGUCUCUCCUGCAGACCUAAAAAGGUGGCUUAUGCAUACCUACAAUGUUGAAGUACCAUAUAUGAUAGUCUUUAGAGGAAGAGAACAAGCUUAUACCGAUAUGUAUGGCAAGUGGGAUGACUCUUAUGCAAAUAUAUAGGAUUUCAAACAAGAACUUGAAAAAAGAAACCCAUGAAGUGUGGCGGAGAUUGAUUUACAGACAAUUGGGAAAUUUAAUGGUGUGUUAGCUGCUGCCACAAGUAUUGGCGGUAACAAUGGUAUGUUUCCAGUAGCCUAUGGUGUGCUUGAGGCAGAGAAUACAAAAUCAUGGACUUGGUUUCUCGCGUCACUAAAAAAAGCGAUUGGUACACCAAAUGGUCUUUUUAUCUCUUCUGACAUGCAAAAAGGCUUGGAAUUAGCUAUUACACAGGUUUAUCCUAAUAUUGAGCAUCGAAAAUGCAUAAGACAUUUAUGUAGCAACUUUAAGGAACAUUUUCGAGAUGCAAUUUCAUGUUUGAAUGAGAACCAUAAAAAGAUAUAGAGUUGAAGUGACAUACGUUAUAAACCGGUUCUUGGUCUCCUUGAUGCAAUUAGAGAAAAGCUUAUGGAACGAUUUGACAAUAAAAGGAGUAAGGUGCAAAAAUGGAAAGGGCCACUUCUACCAAAAGUAAAUAAGUAUCUCAAAACAAUCAUUAAGAACUUGGGUGAAUAUCAAGUUUGUAGAAGCAGUGAUAAUAAAGCAGAAGUGAAGUACAAAGGAUGUCGUUGGGAUGUUGUAUUGGAUGAGAAAAAGUGUAGUUUUCGAAAAUGGCAAGUUACAGGCCUUCCAUGUGUGCAUACAACUGCUUUUAUUGCUUUCACAAGGGAUCCUAAUUGGGAAAAAUAUGUUGAUACAUAUUUCACAGUAGACAAGUUUAAAGAAGCAUAUGCUUUAGAAAUUAGUCCGAUGUCUGGAAAAGAUCAAUGGGUGAAUAUAGAGACAGUCGAAAAGAAUAUACCCUCUUAUUAUAAAACGACCGCCUGGAUGACCUAAAAAGAAUAGAAUUAUACCACAUGAUGAGCCCAAGAAAAGACACAGAUGUCCGCGUUGUAGUAUGUAUGGACACCAUCAAAGGACUUGCAAACAUCCCGUGUAUCAAGGUUUUGAUGAAGCAUCCUCUAGCAAGUGGAAAGAAAACAAAAUAUCAUGAGUUUUUGUUAUGAUGUUCAUUACAUUUAAGUACUUUAAUGCUUGCUGCAUGG